AAGUAACCGCUUUUAGUACAAAACAAGUAACUUCAUGUCGGUCGGUGCCUGAUUUUCACUUUCAUCAGUUCUCUGUGGUAUGCUGCUCAAGAUGGACGAUGCCGCACGGUCGAUUGCGAAACAAAUUCUUUCCCAAUUCAUGUCAAACGAUUCCAUGUCCUCGUCGGACGAUGCGUCGUUCGGUGAGCUCGAACAUUUGGCGGAACUGCACAAACAGAUCGAACUGAAGAAAGCGUACCGGGAAGCGUACCGUGGACUGAAUUUGGGACUGUUCGCGCUCAAGCAAGGUAUCAGCCGCUCGGGAAGUGAUCCGUUUGCCGAAUGGCUCGUCAAGGAACAGCAUGCCACCGUGCAGAUGGUGGCCGACAAGCAGCGGGAAGCAUCGUACGGUACGCCGGAGCUGAACCGUGAGCACACGCUGUUUGGUGGCACACGGCAGACACUGAUGGAGCAGGCCGAGCUGCAGAAGCUGCAAAGCGUGGUGCGUCUGCAGGAGCAGGUACGUGCCAAACUCGCCAGCACGCGUGUGGUGAAGCAGUGGGAACGGGAAAAAGCUACCUUUCUGGCGGAACAGAAGGAACUGUCCAAGCUGGACAUGGUCGGUGAAGAGAUCAUGCAGAAGCGCAAGGAGAUGCUUGUGCGCAAGCACAGCGAAAUAGCAACGCUGCUGAUCGGUAUCGGCGAAGGUGUGGAAAAGACCGAUGAGCUACGGCUGAAGUUGGCCGAGUUCACGAACCAGCGGCGGGAUGAGCUGCAUGACUUUCAACCCAGCGAUGGCGAUAUGCGAUCGGACGAAGCAAGAAAGGAUGGGCGGUUCGGUGGGGAAAAUGGUCGGGAUGGGCGCACCUGCUCGCCCUACUUUGACACGAUCGACUGGAACCUGGGAAGCGUUAGUAUGGAUCUGCGGUUGGAUCUGCCGUUCAAGAAUCCGAACGAUUUUCCCGAUAUCCUCACACGCCUCAGCUCGAUUAAUACGGGCAAGUAUCAGCUGAAGGACGUUACGCCACCCAUUAGCGGCGCGGGUGAUAAGCGAGGCUCGCGAAAGGUCAAUCCACCGCAGAAAGGGGCCAAAGUGGGAGCUGCUCCGAAUAAAAAACCUAUGGCGGAACAUUCGCCGCGCAAUGAUGCUACGAUGGAAAAGAGGUCGAAGAUGAGUGAUUCGAACGGGAAAGCUGAUCGGGAGAUGUGUAGCAAGGAAAAUGAGUAUGGCAACACUGGCGAUAGCCAUGAAACGCCAAACGGCGAAAACGGGCCCGACACUCCAAAACCUCUGUUGAAGAGAAAUAACUACGAUAAAAUGGCGGCUAAUGGACAUCCUAAAGUACCGCGCAAAAAUCCAGCCCUGGGUUCGCAGCGCGACGCAACAUCACCAGACCCAGGGGCAAAAGCCUCCACCGGCAAGCGAACCACCUCACCGAUACCGAAAGGAGAAGUUCAUAAGGAUGAACAAAAGCUGCCAGAAAACCGUAUCCGCCCGUCGAAAGCCGGAAGUGGAAUGGUCAACAGCAACCGCAGCAUACCGAACAACCAAUCGAAGGGUAGAAAGGAUCCACAGCCUGCAAUCAACGCACAGCACCAGCAACGUGCGCAACAGGAAAGGAAGCGUAAUACCCAGCCGAAACACCCGGAACAACCGAAACGGACUCGUUCCAUGAAGGUGCUUUCGCCGGUGGUAGGUUCUUCGAAUGCAGCCAAGAACGCACACAAAUCGCCCAUGGCUACCGGUGCGGACGACUUUGAACCACCGGUAACCAUGGAGAUGGACGAUAUGCAGGAUGAUGAUUGUACGCCCAGCAACGGCUCACUGGACUUUGGCAUGCAAAGUUCCAGCGGUGAGUUUGAUAUGAAUCUUUCCGGUGAGCUCCAGCCCGAUCCGGAUGCAAUGGAACAGAUGGACGACGAGCUGGACUUCCUCUCCGUAAAGCCGGUGCGCGUUACACGGAGCAAAGGACAGAAGAAGAAACAUAGCAGCGGCGGUAAAGGCAACAACAACAACGGUGGUGGAAGCGACAUGGACUCCUUUGAUUUUGCUUUCGGUGGUACAAAUUCGAACGAGAGUCUGGAGCAGCAGGACGAUUUGUUUUAGAUGGCGUGUUUGGUUCGAUUAUUUCAAAUUUCUUUCUACAAACCUAACGACUAUUUAACACCUAUUCCCAGUUUGGUAUAGGAGAUUGAUUUGAGUUCAAUGUAUAACGCAUUUUCGAAUAAAUGCAUCCUUGUUCUUAGUUUAUAAAUGGAACGGGGGUUUUUCUUUUGUUUUAUUUGCAAACAACGUUUUUAGAAAACGUUCCCGAACGGGUUACACUAUUAAUCCUAGUAAAUGCACGUUUUUAGCAGUUUUGCUUGGAA